AUGCCCCCACCACCGACGCCACUGAAUGAAUUAUCUCUUGUGCCAAACAUAAGCAAAACUGUCAUCAGCGGCGGCGGCGCUGGAUCUGGCACCGACACGGGUGGGAUAAUAAGAGAAAACGGCAGAGAAAAAGCACGACCGCAAAUCUUGCCGUACGCCAAGACUGCCGCCAGCCACAAUAUCGCAUGGUCACUUCCCACUCCGCCGCUCAAACAGAGGAUGGCAUCCGGCUUUAAAUCGCUCUUUGAGAGCGCCAAAAAGCUCGCCACCGGGGACAAUGGAGAUGCGAACUCCGGGCCCGCAGCCCCUGAUAGCCUAUUCCCCAAGACGAUCCCGACCGUUGACGGGGAGGACUGUGAUCACGACUGCGACAGUUGCACCGUCAAGUAUCCCAAGAGCUUUAGCAUCGACACUGAAGAUGUCCUGUACGGCCACGUGAAAGGCUGGAGUACGCAUCUCUUGGUUGCUACGGGAAAAACGGACUGGGUGCGGGACGUGGCGGAUGAGAAGGGCAGUGUGAUGCAGGCCGUGGAAGCGUCAGACAAGCCUGACAACGGAAGGUUGAUGCUUUCUGCGAGCAACAUUCCCACGCCGCAUCAGACCAACGACUAUUCAGAGCCCACAACAGUGCUCCUCCUCCCAGCAUUCAGGGUAGUUGAAAACGUGACGCCGGCAACAGUACCCACUCUCCUUUCAGAAUUCGUAGCAAAGUCUCCAACCAACGAAACUCCACUGGCAGACCAGCCACCCAUCAACCUCCCUCGAUCUGUGGACGUGGUCAACCCGGAUCCGUCGCUGCCUCCCCCGCUCCGCACGCUCACUAGCCGAUCCUGUCCCCACUCUGUCCUUGUCCUCCUUUGCUCGCAGCGUACCCGAGAUGCCCGCUGUGGGCAGUCAGCCCCACUGCUGCGCAAGGAGCUGGAAAGGCACCUGCGUCCCCUGGGCCUCUACCGCGAUCUGGACGACGAGAGGCCGGCCGGAGUGGGUAUUUACUUUAUCAGUCACGUGGGAGGUCACAAGUACAGCGCCAACAUGAUGAUCUACCGUCGGCCGGAUCCGUGGGGCCUGGACGGCGUGGAGAGGAAGACUGUCGGUGAUGAGGGCAUCCAGAAGCUUUUGGAGAACGGGAAGUCCAAGGCUGCUUCUGCUGUGGCGAGUGAUGAGGGUGCUGAUAUUGGUGCGGGCCAGUGUAUCUGGCUUGCGAGGAUUUCACCGCAGCAUUGUGAGAAUAUCGUCAAAUACACGAUACUUCAAGGAAAAGUGGUCAAGCCUGAGACGCAACUGCGAGGAGGUUUUGAUAGACAAAAGGGACUCAUGAGUUGGUAG